UUCUUCUCCCCAAAGAAACAUCUUUGAACGUUGAUGCAGAAACCUCUUCCCCCUUUCUGACUUCAAAUAUUAGGGUUUCGUUUUUUGGGCUUUUAUUUUUUUUAAUCUACUUCACCGAAAAGAAUGUCAACUUUAAUCUCUAGCUUAAAAGAAACCGCCCAAUCCCUCACCGCGAUCCAUCGUCCAUGGCGAGAAUUCCUCGACAUCACCGCCGUCGACCUCCCAUCCUCCUUCUCCGACGUCACUACACGAAUAGCCCAAAACCUGACCCAUUUUCGCCUUAAUUACACCGUAAUCCUGCUGUUAAUCCUCUUCUUAUCGCUGAUUUACCACCCUCUCUCUCUCCUCACUUUCCUCGUCAUCCUUCUCGCUUGGUUCUUCCUCUACUUCGCCCGCGAUCGCGAAGAGCCCGUCGUGAUCUUCGGUCUCACAAUCGACGAACGGCUCGUCAUCGCUGCGCUCUUCGGCUUGACUGUGGCGGGACUGGUUUUGACCGGUGUUUGGCUAAAUGUCUUGGCGGCGGUUGCGAUCGGGGCUAGUAUGGUAAUUUUGCACGCGGCGUUGAGGAGUACGGACGACUUGGUGAUGGAUGAUUUGGAGUCGCCGUAUGGACACGUGCUUGCUGGUGGGGAUGAGGAGCUUGAUAGCCCCAGGGGGGAUUACAGUGUAUGGAUUGCUAAAGGAGAGUCUUGAGGGAUUGUCAGAAAUAAUGCAGGACUGCCUUGGAAAGCUUCUGCUGGAAUCCCCAUGCAUGCAGCAGCUCUUGGUGAGAGCCCUGCAACGUGGGCUUGAGGUUACAAGGAUUGAAGUUUCAGCUGCUUCAGCUUGUCCUCAGAAAGAUGAUUAGAAGCUUAGUGUAGCAAAAGCUUUCAAGGGCAUUACCCAUUAAGGACUGCCCCAGUAAGUGACGACCCUUCAUACAAAACAGUCAUGGGACAGAACAAAACCAAUCAGCUGAGGGAAAUAGCAGGAACUGGUUCUGUAUUAUUGCUGAAUAAUUUAUAUGCAUAUGCAAGGUGUAAGUUGUAACCGGCCUACAUACUAUCAUAUAAGGUAUACCUCCCAACUGUCCCAA